CAGCUCCAGAGAGCACAGGUGCAGCAGGGGACUCCCCGAACCCAGCCCCGGCAUGAGCUCGUUCGACCUGCCAGCGCCCUCGCCACCUCGAUGCAGCCCCCAGUUCCCCAGCAUCGGCCAGGAGCCCCCCGAGAUGAACCUUUACUAUGAGAACUUCUUCCACCCCCAGGGCAUGCCCAGUCCUCAGCGGCCCUCCUCCUUCGAGGGCAGCGGCGAGUAUGGGGCCACCCCCAACCCCUACCUCUGGCUCAACGGGCCAACCAUGACCCCACCACCCUACCUGCCCGGCACUAACGCCAGCCCCUUCCUGCCCCAGGCCUAUGGCAUGCAGAGGCAGCUACUGCCCAGCGACCUAGGCUGGCUGCCCAUUCCCUCUCAGGAGGAGCUCAUGAAGCUGGUGCGCCCACCAUACUCCUACUCAGCCCUCAUUGCCAUGGCCAUCCAUGGGGCGCCUGACCAGCGCCUCACGCUGAGCCAGAUCUACCAGUACGUGGCUGACAACUUCCCCUUUUACAACAAGAGCAAGGCCGGCUGGCAGAACUCCAUCCGCCACAACCUGUCGCUCAACGACUGCUUCAAGAAGGUGCCCCGAGAUGAGGAUGACCCAGGCAAAGGGAAUUACUGGACUCUGGAUCCCAACUGUGAGAAGAUGUUUGACAAUGGAAACUUCCGCAGGAAGAGAAAGAGAAAAUCAGAUUCGUCUGCCAGCACGGGCUCCUUAGCUUCAGAGAAAACAGAGAACAGUCUCCUGGCAGGCAGCCCCAAGCCCACAGAGCCUCAGGACAUCUUAGAGACUGCCUCUCCCCCUGACACCACCACCAGCUCCCCAGAGAAGCGGUCCUCCCCUGCCCCCUCAGGCACCCCGUGCCUCAACAACUUCCUCUCCACCAUGACAGCCUACGUGAGUGGGACAAACCCCAUGAGCCGCUCAGUGGCCACGCCAGGACUGAGCCCGGAGCCUACUGACAAGAUGGGGCAGAACUCACUGGGUUUCAACUCCUAUACCCCCCUCACCAACCUCAGUAGCCACGGGAGUGGGGGUGAAUGGGCCAACCCAGUACCCACUAAUGCUCUGGGCUAUGGAAGCUCUGUCCUCAAUCAGUUCAGCCCACAUUUCUACAAUAGCAUUAACACCAACAGUGUCCUCUUCCCCAGGGAAGGCACUGAAGUCUAGGGACCCAACAGCUUCUGGCCCACAGAGCUGUCUGAGGGGAAAGCAAUGGAGGUCCUUCAGACCAGACCCUCCAUUACCCCAGGGUCUGUGACAUUUGAACUUCCCAGAUAGCACAGGAAGAAUCUGUGUUCUUUCCAGAACACCGUUCUAUGUUCUGAUUCUCACAUCUGAAUCUACACAGAUUCGAUAACUGCUGUGGACAUGCCAGCAACAGCAUGCCAUGGACAAUGUGGCCAUUUAUUGAGCACUUACUAUGUGCUGGGUCCUGUCAUGGGCUUUUUAAUGACAUGGUUACUUUAUGUAUAGCCAUCCUUCGAAGUCCACACAAACUUCCCCAUUUGACAGUUCAUGGCAUUAAGGCCUGAGAAAGUUGUCAGUUUUUCCAGGGUCAUGAAAAUGGCAGUGAAAGAUGUCAAAGCCGAGGUUGGGUUACCCUCAAGGACUGGAUCAGAGGAGGCAGGGAUGGAUGGACUGGUUGUGAGGGUCCACACGUAAGAAGCUGGUUAUGGCAAAUGCAUGCACACUUCCCCCCUGCCUUCUGGUUCCCCAUCAGCAUUCAGCGCCAGCAUGGGCAUGACUCAGCCCCACCCCUCCCUUUUCUUCUUGCCCCAGCUUACCUAUAGGCAUUCCUUUAGCCACCGCUCAAGAGGGGGAACUAACCGGAUGCCCAGCCCAAGUACCCCUGUGGGACAGUACCUCUAGCAGGUGCAAUACCUUGCUAGCCUCCUUGAGCAGAGCCAGAGGUUAGAGAGUGAUAUGCACCCCUAAGUCCCCACCCCGCACUGUUCACCCACAAACUCUCAUAAACCCUAGCUUCCUGUGUGUGUGUGUCAUGGACCAGUGAACAAGAUGUGGCUCAGGCUUCCAAGAGAAACAAGUCCAAAUAAGCAGAAUAAGCAUGUCCUUUUUUUAUAGCCUUGGAGAGGUGGAUACCUGUCUGGGGAAACAAUGGCCUCGAAGGAGGGGUCCUCUGCCUGCCCUCAGAGGGCAGAGCAGCAGGGAACACAGCCUCUGGCUCUACUCUUUCUUGUUUUGCGAUUUACUUUAUAUGUGAUGUCUUAUCACAGCAAC